UGUGUGAAUUUUAUAAAUCUCCAUCAAGAUAGAAAUGAAGUGAUGAGAAUGGGCUGUGUUGCUCGAUUUCUAUGAUCAACGACAGUUAUCGCCAUCGUCAAUAGAAGGCAUCGAUCUGAUUCCAGUAGUCGAGACGGAGAUGACUUUGUAUCUCGGAAUGGCAGCAAAUGUGGGGACUUUCCUGUGUCGUUGACAAGAGAAAGAUCCAGGAUUAGGGUCAAAGAUCCAAGAGAAAGAAAGCAAUCCCUUGUCGGGUUUGUGGCCGUUUGCAAUUUUAAUUACUGGGUACUUCUUGAAUUUGUGAUAUGGGUUGGAGAUAUAAAGCUGGGUUGUUUCUAAUUGCUGCUGUUGUUAUAAUUUGGGUCUCCUCAGCAGAAGUCACCCAGGGUAUUUAUACAGACUACAAGCAACCAUUUGCAGUGACCUAUCUUGGAGCUUCUAUGAUGAUAGUUUAUCUUCCAAUUGCUUUCUUUAAGGAUUGGAUACGUAAUAUGCUAAGAAGACGCUCUUGUAAAAGUGUUAAAGGUGCAACUAUUACUAAUGAGUCCCCUGCUGGACUCAACUCCGCUUUAAAGUGCACUGUGGGGAGUAUGGAAAUGGAACUAGAAGGGACUUUGAAUAGAAAAGACAGUGAUGCAGACUUUGACUUUUCUGCUCAGGAAGAGGGGGCGCUUUUAGUUUCUAGUCAUAAAGGUGAUGUCAACACGUUAAAACUACACGAAAAAGAGCUCACAACAAGGCAGAUUGCUGCUUAUGGAUUUUAUAUAGCACCGAUCUGGUUUGUUACAGAGUAUCUGGCAAAUGCUGCCCUUGCACGUACAAGUGUUGCAAGUACGACAGUGUUAUCCUCUACUUCAGCACUAUUUACACUUUUCAUUGGUACAUUUCUGGGCCAAGAUUCUUUGAACAUUGCAAAAGUGGUUGCUGUAUUUGUCUGUAUGGCUGGUGUUGCCAUGACAACUUUGGGGAAAACUUGGGCCACAGAUGAGUCACAAUUAGCUGCCACUGCGAAUGGAAGCCGCUCCUUUGUUGGAGAUCUUUUUGGACUUCUCUCAGCUAUGACAUACGCACUAUUCUCAGUCCUUCUCAAAAAGUUUGCUGGAGAGGAAGGAGAAAGGGUCGAUUUGCAAAAGUUGUUCGGUUAUAUUGGAUUUUUCACGCUUGUUGCACUAUGGUGGCUUGUAUGGCCGUUAACAGCCUUAGGAAUUGAACCCAAGUUCAUGAUUCCUCGUACCAUUAAACUGGAGGAAGUUGUUAUUGCUAAUGGGUUUGUUGGAAGUGUUGUUUCUGACUACUUCUGGGCAUUAUGCGUGGUUUGGACAACUCCUCUAGUGGCCACCUUGGGGAUGUCUCUUACCAUCCCACUUGCUAUGGUGGCCGAUAUGAUGAUUCAUGGCCGUCAUUAUUCAGCCAUAUACAUGCUUGGUUCAGCUCAGGUAUUUGCAGGAUUCGUUAUAGCUAACCUUUCAGAUUGGCUGUCAAAACAACUAGGAUUGUAGCAUCUAGUCAUGUAAUUCUUUUUUCUGCGAUAGUAAUUCUUUUGGCCAUGCACUGCUCUUUCUUUUUCUAUGGUUCGAUCGGCAAAUGCAUCAAGGAGAUAAGAUAGUGAAUGCAGCUUCUUGUAUAAUUAGCAGUGCAAGAAGGAUUUAAAUGUAAGUGUUGUUCUCAUAUUGUGGUAUAUAGAAUU